AUGGACCUCGACCUCGCCGUGCAAGUCUCCCGCCAGCCCGUCUCCGGCGAGGACUUCGCCUUCGCCACCUCCGACACCGACGCCGCCUUCCUCGUCCUCGCCCACCUCCCCGGGUAUGACAAGGAGGAGGUGGAGGUCGUCGUCGGCGAGGGCGGGAGGGAGGUGGGCGUCGUCGUCGGUGCGAGGAAGGAGGACUCGUUCGCGGUGGAGGCGGUGGUCGGGAGGAGGCUCCGGGUGGCGCACCGGCAGGUGGUGGAGGGGUUCUGCAGGGUGUUCGACGUGCCGGACGGCGUCGAGGUGGGGCGGAUCUCUGUCGGGUUUGAGGAGGACGAUGAUCUGCUCGUCGUCGUCAUGCCCAAACUGCGGCCGGCGCCGGCGGAGAGCGGCUGCGGCGAGGGCCGGCUUGACGUCGAGAGCGCGGACACGGAGUGUGGGUCGUCCAACGCCGAGGACUUCGAGGUCGAGCCUGAGCAGGACGACGUCGCCGUCGAGACGGAGGUUGAGCUCGACGACGAGUCAUCGAGCCUCGAGUUGGAGUACGAGGACUGGAUCGACGUCGAGUCUUCGGAGUCGGAGCCGGAGCCGCCGCGCGACGUUGCGGUGGAGGCGCCGGUGCCAGUGGAGGAGGACGUGCCGGUGGAGGAGGAAGUGGCGGUGGAGACGCCAGUGCCAGUGGAGGAGGACGUGCUGGAGCUGCCGCCGACGGUGGUCGACAUCGAGUGUGACGUCGUGUUCGAGCCGGCGUACCGGGAGCUGCCGGUGGAGACGCCGAUCGAGGUCGUCGGGCCGCCCCACGUCGAGCCGGCGCCUCCCCCCGACGCGCCUGACCCGAUCAACAUCCCCUGCGUCGUCGAGGAGCCGAAACCGCCGGCUGUUGCGGACGAGCCCGAGGAGCCGAAGCCGCCGGCCGCCGUGGAACCACCAGCUGAGGAGACGCCAACCGCGCAAGAAGAGCCAGAGCCAGACCCAGAGCCACCGGCGGCGGAGGAACCACCUCCCGUCGAUCCGGAGCCCUCCCAGCAGCAGCCACCGGAGGAGACGCCGCCCGUAGAACCGGCGGCGCAAGAACAACCGGUGCAAGAGCAAGAUCCACCGGCGGCGGUCGAACCGCCACCCGCCGAAGAAGCGGAGCCGGAGCCAAGGGCCGGAGAGGAAGAAGAAGACGAAGAAUCCUCUGGAAGCAGCGAGAGCAGCGGAUCGGAGAACGACGGAGGCGGGAACAGGACGGGCAGUGGCCGUCGUCGGCGCAGGACGGGGCAGGGGCAGGGCCGGCGGCCGCGACGCAGGAGGCGCGGCGGGCUGUCGCUAGGGAUGGUGGUGGCGCCGGCGGUGAUCCUGCUCGCGAUCCUCGCGGCGAGGAGGCGGCGGCAGCAGCGCGCGCCGGGCGGGCAGUGAGGUGAGCUGGCGCGGUAGUGGCGCCGGUGUUGGACUGGACGACGCGCGCAUCAUCCAACAUGACGUAAUUGUGUGACGUAUUAGGCGCCUUUUGUGGUUUUACGCCUUUGUGGCAUAUUGUUAUACCGUAUAAAAUGGAAUUUUUAGUGUGUUUGAUAGACGCGCUUGAUCUUUUCCAGUGUGUCUUCCGUUUACAGACUUAAA